CUUUCGUUUGAAUAACAUCUGUAUUUAUAUAAAAAAAAUAAGUGUCGUUGCUCGUAAUGUGUUUCGUAAUAGCUUUAUUUGCAAAUUAGAGCCUUUUUCUUUUAUUUGUCGGAACAGUUGUAGUUACAUGAACCUGACGACCUUAACUUGUUUUGUCAUUGGAAAAUUCCCUGAUUUACUGUUAGAUGUUAUGUUGCCUCUGGACAUUUGUGCCAUUGUUGUGGAAUAAGGCAAGACGACAAACAUUUAAAUCUCUUUACAUUUUAGCGUACACGUAUGGCUAAAAAGUACUACAAAACCUUUCUCUGUCAUCAUAUUCGGAAUGUUGUCGGCGACCAUGUUGGCCAGAACAGCGCUAAGCAGAGGCAUUACUGCCCAGCACCUCUGUAAAAACGUGACCCUGUAUAUGAGUGAACUAACAGCUACGGGUUCCGGAAGUCCGAUCACCAAACCACUAAUGCUGAUGUUGCCGUGGUUGGGUUCACGUCCACAAGCCGUGGAUAAGUAUUGUGAGAUUUACUUUCGCACCGGCUUCGACGUCAUCGUGGUGGAGAGUGAGGUAAAGGAUUUCCUGUGGCCUCGAUGGGGACUAGACCGUGGGAAAACAUUGCUGGAUUUGCUUCUGAGUGAUCGCUUUAUGUCCCGGCCUCUGCUUGUCCACGCUUUCUCAAUUGGCGGCUACACAUUUGCCCAACUGCUUGUUCAUAUGUCGCACGACCAAGAGAAAUACCAGGAAUUUGCCAGUAGGAUCAAAGGUCAAGUUUAUGACAGCUUGGUGGUAGGCUCAUUGGAGCAAAUGGCCACAGGUCUUGGUAAAACAGUUUUUCCUCGUUUUGAGACCUUGAUUAAACAAAUAAGCCUGCUGUACUUCACUAUCUUUAAAACCCAAACGGUGGACCACUUUAACUCCAGCAUUGAUGUUUUCUGGAACAAUCCAGUCAGAGCCCCUGCACUAAUGUUCUUUUGCGAGAAUGAUGUGAUGAGCCAUGCGCAAACGGUGGAGAAACUCAUUGAUUACUGGAAGAAGCAUGGAAUGGACGUCUCUGUAAAGAAGUGGGAGGACUCAACACAUGCGGGUCACUUAAGGAGGUAUCCUCAAGAAUAUCUGACCACCCUAAACUCCUUCCUACACUCCCUUCAAAUCUCCCCUCUUAAGGCAAAGAUGUAAGAAGGUUCAUUUUAAAUGCAGAUCCAAAGCAGGGUUUAAAUAAAAUGUUCUCAGCAUAAAUAACAGUUUCACCAUUUCAAGGUUAAUUUAAGUCCCAGAAAUCAAAUUAGUCAGUUUUACACACUUACUGUGAACUUUAUAAAUCUACUGAAGUUAUUGUUUUGACAACUUCAUUGACAAAUUUUCCGUUUGUUUCUUGUUUUUGGCUUUUACAAACGUUCUUAUCUUAAUAUUUAACGUGUUAAAUGUUGGCAAAAAAGUUGCAAAGCCGAUGCAAAUGUGAACUCAGCAUUUCUAAACACAAGACAAACUGUUGUGGAGAAGAGAGAUGCUUCCAGAAAUGUCUUCCAUUUCAAUAACGGAUCUCCACUGAGCUGAACAACUCCUUUAGACUCACUUGAUUAAGAGAUUUUAUCCUGACAAUCAAUCAAAAGGUGACAAAUCGGUCGAGACGGGAUAAACUGUUGGAAGGAGUAGCUAUUUGGAAAUCUAAAGAUGUGAAAUGAAUACAACCAAAAUGUUGACACUUUUAACUGUUUAGAAGAAAAUUAAAUCAGUUUUAUGUUCCGAGAUUCUCUCUUCUUAGCACUCUGACACAAGUGGACGGGUGCAGUUUUUUUUUUUAUUGUGGUCUCUAACAUUUAGAGGACGUGUUGUUGACUGAUUUUGGUCCAUUUGAAACAGCCUGUUUUUAAAUGUCAUGAAACGAUGUGGAACCAGGGAGAAAUCGCUUUUGUGCAUCGUCAUAUUGAGUUUUGUUAAAGAAAUGAAGGACUGUUAUCUGUAGCUGACUUACCAGUAAUCAUUUUAAAUUCAAAUUUUAAUUUUCUCUGUGACUUGAUGCUUUUAAAUCUUCAUUAUGACACUACAUCUCUGUACUUGAACAUUUCUGUUAUGGAAUAUUAUAAAUGUGGCACUUUUUUAUGCUUGUAACUUGAAAAUUACUAGGGAAAAAAAAUGUGAAAAACUGAAUGAAAUUGAUUUCUUUGUGUGUUUUUUCCUUGAUUUAUUCCAUAUAAACCCAAUCAAUGUUGAACAAGCUAUAAUCUGUAUUACAUUAUCAAUUAUUUGUCUUUUAAAAGUCAUCUGUAAUACUUUUCAUAAUGGGUCAUAAGUCCUCUAGUACCUUUCAGUUCCUUUCUUCAUGACACUUGCAGAGAGAAAACAUAGUUUCUGAAGUGGGAAAUGAAUUUCACAUUUACAUGAGGGGCAAUAUGGAUUAAUAAAAAGUGACUCGUUUGCCUCUAUUAAAGUUAAAAAAAAAGAUUUAACUUUAGUCAGUUUCAAUCGGUCCAUAAAAAAAAUAUAAGAAACUUCUUAGGGAAAAUGCUGCUUAACAAACGAAAAUUAACAUCUAGCUUACAAUGAAAUGGUUGGGGAAAAACAGGCCUACAUACUAAGAAAUAAAAACAAAAUGUAGAUUUUAACGUUUUAAGAUGGCCAACAAUGAAUUCACUGCAAUCAAAUUCCUAUGAAAAAAUAAAAUUAAUUAAAAAUUAAGCUAUUAAAAUACCAACCAAAAGCCCAUUACAUGUUUUAUUUGUGGCUUUUUUAAAACUAAUGCCAAAUGGUUUUAUUGUAGUUUAAGGUGUAAAUAUGCUGAAAUGAAAGAGUUGCUAACAUAUAAGAAAUAAUAUUUUACGUC